AUGAAGCUCUACACCGCAUACAUGGCCCUCCUGGCUACCGCCGCCACGGCCAACCCUGUUAUCAAGCCCAAGCGCAGCGGCGUCACUCACACCGCGGCGACCCCUUCUUUCGCCGAGACGGCCACCGUCACCGUCACACAGUCCUCCGGCAGCACCGAUACACCGGCGUCCCCGGAGCAGACCGUCACCGUCACCGUCACACAGGGGCCUGAGACGACCGAGGCGACCGAGACGACCGAGACGUCCUCGACUACUUCCCAAACUACGUCCAACUCGAAGACCCGCGAGGUCACACUCACCUACACUAUUCCUGACACGCCUACCAUCCCUCCUAUCCCUGAGAUUCCCGAUAUUCCCGAUAUUCCCGAGAUCCCUGAAGUCCCCAAAGCCCCUAAAGUGCCAGAGAUUCCCCCCAUCCCCACCUGGUAA